CUUCCGCUGUCACCUGCGGAAGUACGCCAGAGGGAAGCUACUUUGAGACUGUUACAGUUCCCUGGUCAGAGCUAGCCAUGACGAGGACUUCUACGUGCAUAUACCACUUUUUUGUUUUGAGCUGGUAUAUUUUCCUCAAUUUUUAUAUCUCACAGCAAGGAAAGGAUCAGCGGAAAUCCAAAGUCUUUCUAAAUGGUGGACAAUGGAAGUACUUAACAUUCCUUAAUCUGGUAAAGGAGAGAUAUCCUGGCCUUGAUAUUUAUCAACCAUUAGACUUGAGACAAUUCUUGCAGGCCAUUUUCUACGGGGUGGCCUGUCUGGAAGAUGUGCUGAAAAGAGCUAAAGGGAAAAAAGACGUUAAGUUCAUAACUGCCUUCAGAGACCUGCUUUUCACCACACUGGCUUUUCCGAUAUCUGCAUUUGUAUUUUUGUCAUUCUGGGUCCUCUUCCUCUACGAUCGAGAACUCGUUUACCCUGAGGCCCUAGAUGGUAUCUUUCCAGCGUGGCUGAAUCAUGCAAUGCACACGUCCAUAUUGCCCUUCUCUCUGGCUGAAGUCGUCCUCAGGCCACACUGCUACCCACUGAGGAGGAAAGGACUCGCCUUGCUGGCUGCUGCUAGCCUUGCUUAUGUCAGCAGGGUUCUAUGGAUCUACUCUGAGACGGGUACAUGGGUGUACCCUGUGUUUGCCAAACUCAGCCCAGUGGGUCUAGCAGCCUUCUUCUCUCUCAGCUACAUCUUUAGCAUCGGCAUCUACCUAUUUGGAGAGAAGCUCAACCACUGGAAGUGGGGUUACACGAUGCAGCCAAGGAAGAAGAGCAAGUGAUUAGACACCAUUUUCCAAGAACUAAGGAAGAAGAAAACAGGAGAGUUUUUUUCAUCUGUUUUUCUUCCUGGUGCAGGGAGGUGGUGAAACAACAUAGGAAGGUAAAAAGAACAGGGAAUGAUAUUUAAAUUUAUUAAGAGAGUUAUGAAGGUAGCUGAAUUUGAGGACUCUUGCUUUUUUAAAACUUUUACUGGACACACCCAAAACAAUUCCUGCCGUCACAGAAUCUGUUACAUCCAUCUGACCUCUGCGGAGGAUGGUCUGUGGUCAACAUCUGGCCAAAAGUCAAAGAAACUCACAUAAAUG